CACCGGCCUCCUGUUUCUCUUUCCAUCCGUUAGGCCGUACUGGACGCUCCGCAGUGUGCAGAGGUCUCCUAGCAACCUCCCUUAGGAGUUCUCUCUGGCCCCAACUAGGAAGCUGGAGACGAAGCCCGGAGAUUGAUGAGUUUGUCUUGGGAGCCGCUGAGAAGCUGAAACCAGGGGCGAACAUGGGUCAGAAGGUCACUGGAGGGAUCAAGACUGUGGACAUGCGAGACCCCACGUACCGGCCCCUGAAACAGGAGCUCCAGGGCCUGGAUUACUGCAAGCCCACCCGGCUGGACCUGCUGCUGGACAUGCCCCCCGUGUCCUACGACGUGCAGCUGCGGCAUUCGUGGAACAAUGAUGACCGCUCGCUCAACGUCUUUGUGAAGGAGGAUGACAAGCUCAUCUUCCACCGGCACCCAGUGGCCCAGAGCACAGACGCAAUCAGGGGCAAAGUCGGGUACACGCGCGGGCUGCAUGUGUGGCAGAUCACGUGGGCCAUGAGGCAGCGGGGCACACACGCUGUGGUGGGGGUGGCAACGGCCGAUGCCCCCCUGCACUCCGUUGGGUACACGACCCUCGUGGGGAAUAACCACGAGUCCUGGGGCUGGGACUUGGGGCGUAACCGCCUCUACCACGACGGCAAGAACCAGCCAAGUAAAACAUACCCGGCCUUUCUGGAGCCGGACGAGACAUUCAUCGUCCCCGACUCCUUCCUGGUGGCCUUGGACAUGGAUGAUGGGACCCUGAGCUUCAUUGUGGAUGGACAGUACAUGGGAGUAGCUUUUCGGGGACUCAAGGGCAAAAAACUGUAUCCUGUAGUGAGUGCUGUCUGGGGCCACUGUGAGAUCCGCAUGCGCUACUUGAACGGACUGGAUCCCGAGCCGCUGCCGCUCAUGGAUCUCUGCCGCCGCUCCGUGCGCCUGGCCCUGGGGAAGGAGCGACUGGGGGAGAUCCACACGCUGCCGCUGCCUGCUUCCCUCAAGGCCUACCUCCUCUACCAGUGACGCACUCCCGGGGACCACCAGCGCGACAGCCACCUGGUGCCAACUCACUGAGCCGCCGGCCACUGGGGCCACCACACCCUGCGCCUUGGACCAGCGUCCGCAGGCAGCUGUGGGCAGAAGUCCUUGCUCUUCCUCUCUGCCCCGCCUGGCUGCCUCUGCCACACCAGGACCUAUGGCGACACAGGCUCCUCUUCCCAUUCCUGACACUGGCAGAAGGCAGUGUCCCUGCAUGCCGUCAACAACACUCCUUGACAAGAUACACCGAGAAUAAACGCCUACG